AUGGGGGAGAAAAACAGCGAUCUGAGCAAAAGCCAAGAGAUAGAGGCCAUCCUGAAAAGGAUAAAAAACAGUGACAACACCAAGGACAAAUUUGGAAACAUUUUAAAAUUGUCCAGAUAUACAAGCUACCUACAUGAAGGAGAAAAAUUAAAGAUUUCAAAAUGCAUCAGUGUUGACUUCAUUUCGUUACUACUCCGGUCGGACAACUCCUUCCAGUUAUUUGCUCUGCGGUUAGUAAACAGCUUAAUAGCUGAGUCGACUCAGGUUUACUUAAGAAGGUGUAUGCCGUUUCUUAAUUCCAUCAUUUUUUAUUACUGCGAUUUUGUGAAUGAAUGGAAUGAGAAGGUGGAGGUGAUGCAGAAGAGGGCAAAGAAAGGAAGUGGGAAGGGGAAAGGGGAAGCAGCUUUCACCUCGCAGAAACGGAGUGGGAAGCUCUCCCCAGGUUUGAGCGACACGAGGGAGUUGCCAGAGUGCAACGGAUCGGAUGGCUCAGACGGAUCGCACCACGUGGGGGACAACUACAACACUGACGGAAUCAACGACAUUUACUUGGAAUGCCUAGAAUACCUUCUGAAAAUGCUACCGUUUUUAAAUGAGAGGGAGAUUGUGGAUAACUCCUUUUUUCCUCGUGAAGGGAACAGCGUCAGCUUUGACGCCGACAUGUAUUUUUUGCAGAAGAGGCUAAAGAAAGGGGGGCAUCUUCGCCGACCACCGCCCUUCGGGGGAGGACGGGGCGGGCCCAAGGGGUUUAAGGAGUUCCUCCAUGAGGGGAAGAAGCGGGAAGACUUCGAUGGGGCACUUGGGGGGGGAGAACAAGUGUGCCAAGAGGUAUUCGAAGAGGUAGGCGAAAAGGUGUGCGAGGGGGAUGCCUCCAUGGACGACUGCUCCUCCGGAGACGAGGACUCCUCAGCGGAGGACGACUCCAUGGAAGAGCGCGUCAAGCGCGUAAGCUUAGUGGAGCUCCUUUUCGAUGCACUCAGCGAGAACAUCCGACUGGUGGAGGCGAUGCGCGCGGGGGUAGGCAGCUCUAAUGGGGUAAAUACCCCUAAACGGGAAAACAUUCCUAAAGGGGGAAAUACUCCAAAUGGAGAACUUCCAAAUGGGGAACUCCCAAAUGAGGAACUCCCAAAUGGGGAACACCCUAACGGGGCGGCACACACCCUAGACGAAGCCUCCCAAAUGAUGACCCACUUGCGGGGGGCCAAGUUCCUUCUGCACAGCAGAAACGUAGACAUGUCCCUACUACUACUAAACAAUACGUUUCUAAAGCUCAGCGGGAGCCGUUUCGUGAAGGAGUACUUCCACUUACUCAAUAAGGUCAUCGAAACGUACAGCCAAAGCAGAGUAACCGCAAUGAAGUGUCAAAUCAAUCUGAAUGCGCACAUAAAGAAGCAACGAUGUGUACACAUGUUGGAAAAGAGGAGUGUAUACAAACUGUAUGCCAAUGUAAUAUAUCUUUUUUCCCAAGUGAAGGUUCCAGAGGAGAAGGAGGUCCUAUACACGCUCUACUCCACUGUCUACUCAUGUCUGAGUUAUUCCUUCCUAAAUGAGAAAAGUGUCGACAUUUUAAAAACGCCAUUAUCAUAUAUGAACGUAGAGCUUUACUUAUUUGCAGAAAAGGUGAUGAAACACAUGGGGGGAGAGAGCGGUAAGGGGGACACUUGCCCCUUUGAGGGGGGGACCUUCUCCGGACAGAUCAUCCCACUUGUUUGCGGCAAUAUCGAGCAUGUGAUUAAUUUUAUCAGUCAAGACGGAGUCGACGCGGGAGGGAGGCAGGAAGUGGGCGCAAAAGAGAGGCAAAAAGUGGACACAACAGAGAGGCAAAAAGUGGACGCAACGGGGGAGACCCCCCCCCGAGUGCACCUCCCCAUGGGCGAACUGCACACCAUUAUAGGAAAAAUCAAAAAAGCGAUCGAAGUUGUCAUUGAAUUUUUUAAAGAUGUGAAAUCGCACCUCCACGAAUUGAAUCCAUCUUGCGCUUCUUUCAAAAUGCUGAAAGGACAGUUUGAUAAACAACUAACUUCAAUGGUGCAUCUCUUUUGCAAUUAUUUAGUUUUCGAGAAUGGGCACUAUGUGGAUGAUUUUCUGAGCUUACUGGAGUUGUUCGCCAUUUGGGUAGAGGACGAAAAGGAUUUCUUGGCAUUGCUUCUAAUCGUAAAGAACGUGCAUGCAGAUCGAUACAUCCACAACAAGCAGUUUGUAACGAAGCUCUUUUUCCUCAUACUCGAUCCAACCAUGAGAAACCUUGUGCACAUAAAAAUCCUCUAUGACAUUUUUUACAGAUGCAUUUUUAACGUUGUAGAGUCUGUCCAGAUUGUUCAAAAUGAUCAUUUUGUGAAAUUUCCACCUGAACAUGUUCAUAAUUUUUUUUCCAAAGAUUACGAUUUGGUCCUACCGUGCAAGAUACCAAUUGAUAAGCUGAACGGAGUACCCUUCGUCUACAUCAUAUGUGAGGACGAGUACAACAAAAGGAGGGGAGACCAACUGUUCACUCGAAAUAUAAGCAGAGUCCUCUCCUUUUCUGUGAAUUUUUUUUUACACUACUACUUCUCUUUUUUGAUGCCCCCAAAGGGAGAGGCUGCCACCUCAGAGCCCUACCUCUUCGAACACAACUACUUCAAUGGUUGCGUUGGGCGGAUUCAAACGGACGAGCGCGGGUUUUUCCUCGCGCUUAAGGUUCUUUUCACCAUUUCGUCGCUACUGUUUCUACGCUUUGAUUCCUCCGUUCUGGACGCCCUCUUGGACAAGCACCCCGCGUUGUUUCUGCAGGACUGCCUCAUCGCAUCUCUCCUCAACCUGAAAUCGGAAGUGGAACUUGGAGAAGACAUAGAAGGCGAAGGCACACUCAAGGCGAAAGAAGAAACCCGCAAGAGGGGUAGAAGGCAUAAGUACUUUCUCCAAAAUUUAGCAUUAGUGUACCUUGUUAUGUAUUACCAUCCCACUUUUGUGUCCCUCCUAAUUUUGCGCCUAAAACAGGUGAAGAAGAGUGGAGACAAUUCAGAGGUGUACAAGAUGUGUGCAUGA